AAGACCAGAGCUAGCUAGUCUUCUAUCAAGUUCUUAUUCUAUACUAAUUUCUCUAUUUAUAGAGUUGUGAGAAUGGAGAGGCUGUUGUUGUUAUCCAAGCAAAAGCCAGUGGUGAUCUUCAGCAAGAGCUCAUGCUGCAUGAGCCAUUCAAUCAAGACUCUCAUCUCCGGCUUCGGGGCAAGCCCUUUAGUACAUGAGCUUGAUGAGGACCCGAGAGGACGCGAAUUGGAGAGGGCACUCACCAGGCUAGGGUGUAACCCCGUCGUUCCUAUUGUGUUCAUCGGUGGAACAUUGGUUGGUGGAGCAAAUGAGGUCAUGGAGCGUCAAAUGAAUGGUACUCUGAAAGAAAUGCUCAUCCGAGCUAAUGCAAUAUGGGUUUGAUAAUGUUGCUAUUCGAAUUUUAUUAGGCUCUAAUACCAUGUUAGAAAAUAAGCUCUAUACGCCCGGUUUUUGUACCAGCCAUAAUAUACAUAGAUAAUAUAAUAUACCCUUAAUUUUUACAUGUAACCACCUUUAUAAGUAACUGAUAAUAAAAGUGAGAUUUUCCAUAA